GGACAAUGAAUUUGAUUUACAAAGAGCGAAUAAGACGCUGAUAGAAGGAACAAGUAAAUAUGUGAAAACUGACAUCAAUGAGUUAACGAAAGCGAUAGAAACUUUAAAGAUAUCACAGGUUGAAAAGAAGCCUGACAAUGACAUUCAAGAAAUAAAAGAUGCGAUUAAAGAUAUGGCAAAAGCAAUGAAAGAUCUAACUAAAAGAGAAGGCAUCUCACGGCAAAAUGAAUGGAACACCGGACUUCGAUGUUAUUCAUGCCAAAAGGAUGACGAAGAGGGUGAUGAUGAAUUAGAUAAAUAUAGUGAUGACGAUGAAGAGGUUAACAGAGUGGUGGCUGUACGAAAAUUUCAAAUAAUGAAGAAAGAUGGACAAACCUUGGAAAAGGGCAAUGAAUGA